AUGAAGCUCUCCAAUCCGGGGACCGUCCCCGUCUAUACAAUUUCGGGCGCAUCUACCGCGCGUCCUCUUCCAGAUUGGCUGGCUCGCCGUCGGAAGCGCAGUCUGAAGAACGAUGUCGAGUACCAGAAUCGCGUCGAGCUUCUGCAAGACUUUGAGUUUGAAGAGGCUAGUCAGUGUGUCCGAAUCAGUGAGGAUGGCGAUUGGGUCAUGAGCACAGGUACCUACAAGCCUCAGCUGCAUGUACACAACCUUCCACAACUCUCUCUCUCUUUCACACGGCACACGACGUCGCUCAACGAGACUUUUGUCCUGCUUUCUACCGACUACUCAAAAUCCCUACACCUCCAGAAUGAUCGAAAACUCGAAUUCCACACCCCCAUGGGCUGCCACUAUGAGGCGCGCAUUCCCAGAUACGGUCGAGAUCUUGUAUACGAUCGGCAAUCCACCGAGGCCCUCAUUCCUGCUGUUGGAAUCGACGCUGACGGCAAGGGAGAGGUUUUCCGCAUGAACCUUGAGCUUGGAAGGUUUAUGAAGUCUUAUCAGGUUGAAGUUGGAGAAGAUGAUGAGCUGGGCGGCGGUCUACAGGGCGGCAUCAACGUUGGCAGCGUCAACUGCGCUGCCAUCGCCGAGGAUACCCACAACCUGCUUGCAUUUGGUACAUCAAUAGGCACAGUAGAGUUUUGGGAUCCCCGGUCAAGGUCACGAGUCGCGCUGCUUGCCGGUCACGACGGCGGCGUCACAGCACUGGACUUCCACUCGUCCGGUCUAUCGCUGGCGACUGGCAGCUCAACUGGCAUGAUUCAGCUAUUCGAUCUCCGUCGCCCUACUCCCUUACUCAAGAAGGAUCACGGCUAUGGCUUCGCCGUGAAGAAGUUGAUUCACAUGACAACGGCCUCACAAGAGAAGAAGGUUCUGUCGGCCGACAAGCGCAUCAUUAAAAUCUGGGAUGAGUUGACGGGAGACCCAUGGACAUCGGUUGAGCCUGUGGUUGACAUCAACGACGUGGCUUGGUGCAAGAAUACUGGCAUGCUGCUGACGGCAAACGAAGGCAAGCAGCAGCACGCAUUCUUCAUUCCACAGCUCGGCGCCGCUCCCAAAUGGUGCUCCUUCUUGGACAAUAUGGUGGAAGAGAUGGCGGAAGAAGUCCGCACCGAGACUUACGACAACUACAAGUUCUUGACGCUGCCGGAGCUGAAGCAGCUCAGUCUAGCACACUUGAUUGGGAAAACCAACCUGCUGCGACCGUAUAUGCACGGAUACUUUGUGGCGUCCAAGCUGUACGAGCAAGCCAGACUCAUCGCGAACCCUUACGCAUUCGAGGACGAGAGACAGAAGCGCGUCAAGGAGAGGGUUGAGAAGGAGCGUUCUAGCCGCAUCAGAGGCACGAAGAAGGUCAAGGUCAACCAGCGACUUGUCGACAAACUCCUCAAGAGGCAGGAGAACAGAAGCGAGGUUGAUACUGAUGCCGGUCUUUUGGGAGACACACGAUUCAGCAAGCUGUUCGAAGACGAAGACUUUGUAGUGGAUGAAGCCAGUGGUGAAUUCAAGGCUCUCAACCCCAGCACAGCAGUUCAGCAAGCGCUGGAGGCCAAGCAUGGAACGACUAAAUACCAAGGCAAGGACUCUGAUGAAGAGUCUAGCGAUGAUGAGCCCAUCUCUAAGCCUAAAGAUGACGUGGUGAUGAAGGUAUCAUCAACGCAAAACGAAGGCCGACAACUAAAGGAUUCCGCACUGGGCUCAAGACAGCAGAAGUCUACACGCGUCAACAAAUCACAGGGCGGCGAGAUUCGUGGAGAGAGACAAGUCACAUUUGUGCCAGAGUCAAGGAAGAAGAAGCAACAGCAAGAGGAAGAGGAAGAGGCGCCUCCUCCGCAAAGGCGUUCCAACAAGGGCAGGCGAAGCGCCAGCUCAAACACAUUUAGAAAGAUGUGA